GGAGAAUAAGAGAGAGAGUGAGAGAGAGGGACAGAGAGACAGACACAGAGAAGGACAGAGGGACAGACAGAGAGAGAGAGAGAGACAGACACAGAGAGGGAGAGAGAUACAGACAGGGAGAGAGAGAGGGCUUGGUUUGCUGCCCAGACUGCAAAGGAUUUUUUGUCACUGACAGGACCAGGAUCGGACAGAAACCAAAGCAGUGGCAGACUCGUGAGUCGUACGUCAGACGCUCAGUAUCGAGUCACCGGUUAUUUCGGCGGCUGUGAUCGUCCCUGCGUGCUGACGUCACGCUAUAAGGAGCCAGCGGUGCCGGGGCGGCAGGCAGAGAAGUGGAGAGGAAAGAGGGAGAGAAAGAGAGAAAGAAGGGGAAAGAAGCCGGACCAUGUUGCUGUGAUAUUCUCCAUGUGUCUGCUCAACAUUCUGUGACUGACCACGGCCGUGGCUAAGUAACUGCGGGGGGAUCCCCGAGUCCCAGUCCCAAGAGUGUAUGUUUGUGCGCAGCUAUGGGGAAGGACUACUACAAGACCCUGGGCAUCCCCAAGGGCUCCAACGAGGAGGAGAUCAAGAAGGCCUACCGACGCAUGGCACUGCGCUUCCAUCCCGACAAGAACAAGGACGCCAACGCCGAGGAGAAGUUCAAGGAGAUCGCGGAGGCCUACGAGGUACUCAGUGACCCCAAGAAGAGAGUCGUCUAUGAUCAACUGGGAGAAGAAGGUUUGAAGACAGGAGGCACUAGCUCCUCAGGUGCCCCCGGCAACUCAACACACCACUACACCUUCCACGGAGACCCCCACGCCACCUUUGCCUCCUUCUUCGGCGGCUCCAAUCCCUUUGACAUGUUUUUUGGCUCCAACCGCAGCCACAGUCGCUCCAACGGCUUCUCCUACCACAACCACAACGACCACAGCAACGACAUGGAGCAGGACAUGGACAUGGAUGAGGAUGACCCCUUCACUCACUUUGGAAGACAGUUUGGCUUUCCAGGAGGGAUGAACAACGGAUUCCCUGGGGAGGGCCGCAGGAGGAGGGCCGCACCGUCAGAGUCCCUGGGCAACAGCAGAAAGCACCAGGACCCUCCAGUGGUCCACGAGCUGAAGGUCUCGCUGGAAGAGAUCUUCCACGGCUGCACCAAGCGCAUGAAGAUCACCCGCCGCAGGUUGAACCCGGACGGCCGGAGCAUGAGGACAGAGGACAAAAUCCUUAACAUCGUCAUCAAGAAGGGCUGGAAGGAAGGGACCAAGAUCACCUUCCCAAAAGAGGGGGACGAGACCCCCGAGAACAUUCCUGCCGACAUAGCCUUUGUGCUCAGAGACAAAGGUCACGUCCACUUCAAGAGAGAUGGUUCCAAUAUCAUUUAUAACUGCAAGAUCAGUUUAAAAGAGGCAUUGUGUGGUUGCACGGUGAGCAUCCCCACGCUGGAAAACCGCAUCAUCUCCCUUCCCUGUCACGACAUCAUCAAGCCGGGUACGGUGAAGCGACUCAGAGGGGAAGGCUUGCCUUUGCCCAAGAACCCGUUACAUCGUGGUGACCUCAUUGUGGAGUUUUCAGUCCGUUUUCCUGACAGGAUCCCCCCCCAGUCCAGAGAGAUCAUCAGACAACACCUCCCCCAGUCAUAGGAGGACUCACCUCAGACCUCUCCACCACCACACACUCCAGCCUAAACCCAGAAAAACAACCCUUCAUCCUGUCGUCCCUUAAAUUUGGACCCUUAUUUUAAGUCCACCUUCACAUGUCUUGUGUUGACGCACACAGCAUUAAAGAGACGCUGUGGUUUGUAGGGACUUCACAGUGGGAGGAUGAAGGAAGGAUGCCAACACGGAUGGCAGUAUCAGGGUGUAGUUAUUUGUUUUGUCUUUUGGCCCAAGCACACACACAAACAGCGGUGGAGCAGUGCUGAGGGACGGGCUCAGCACAAUCCAGGCUUUUACCGAAACUUCUUUUCACAGUUUUUUACACAUCAAUCAGUGGUUUUAUAAGCCGACCAACUCUCUGAUCCUUUUGUGAUAGGAUGAAGUGUGAGAUAUUUUUUAAGAGACACAUUUUUUCAGGAUUUUCUUUUUUUUCCAAAGGAGGUUUCAAAUUGAAUUAUUUAUUUUUACCUUGAGUGUACCAGCAGCAUUCAGCGUGUUCAAUGCCAUCCCCAGUUUAAACAUAACUCUCCCGCUGCCACUCGCUUUUCUCAUGCUUUCUAAUGAAGCAUCGUGCUGGAAGUCAGUUGUGUUCAUUACUCCAAAUAACACUAGCAUGUCUCAGCUGCAUUGAGAAAAUCUGGGAGUGACAAUCACAUUCUGUAACAGCAGUAUAAGCUUGGAUAAUACAGUCUGCACAUAAUAUGGGUGCUUCCCCUUCUAUGGCCUGGCUCCAUAUCUGAGGAACAUUUAGGUGCCUUAGCCCUGUGUCAUACCACACACACAUGCACACAGGCCACACUGCAGAACGACAGUGUAUUUCAACCAGCCAUGUUAAGUGCACAACAGACGAUGCCCUAUUGCUGUGUAAGACGCGGCCACUGGGAGCUGGUGAUUUUGAAGAAAACAUGAAAAUCAAUCAGCACAUGUUACGAUAUGUAAGCGAGGACGUGUUUGAAGGAGAGAUCUGAUAAAAGACUGAUGAAUUUAGCCAAUACAUCCCUGUAAAGUGCCGUACAAAUACAGGCUGGAUUUCUCAGAGGAACGUGAACAUGAAUAAAUCUGAAGUAAUGAGUUUAUAUUCCUCCAGGAAACCCAGCUUUGUUGUGUAUAUACAGUUUUCUCCUGUGCCAUCUGAAGGCUGUGUCCUGGUGCUACUGUGAGCUGUGCCAAAAAUAGACCAUCAUGGUUUCUACUUUUUGGUUUCAUGGAGUCUUCAUUUUGUGAUUUGAUGACUGCUUCUGUCCUCUGUAACAUCUCUGCACCGAACGUUACGUCUGGUUUUGUUUUUAGUAGAAUAGCCCUGUUUAGGAAACAGGUUUUGUAAUAUUGCAGCAUUUCUCUGUCUCAGCUGCAGGGGGCUCUGAAAGCUCUCUUAAGCUCUUCCUACUGUUCUUUACAACAAUGAUAAAAUGUGUUUGUUAGGAUGAUUUAGACAGAUAAGCCCUUGAAGGUCAUAUACUGUAUAUCACAUGUGAGAUCAUGUUAGACUGCAACAUGUUGAAAAAUGCACUUUCUAUGUCGUAAGUGAUGAAACUAUGAGACGAUGGGAGAGACUUGAAUGACUUGUCUGAGUGUGUGAGCGUCCUGCGUCUUCUCAGAGCCUCAGAGGACGUCGGACAGCAGCUGCGACCAGGAGGCACAUGUGCUGCUGCUGCUGCUGCUGAAAGACUUGCUGUCACUGCUUCUGUGCAUUUGAAGAUAUUUAUGAUCUUUUC